CCCGCCUUGGGGGAAGCUUGGCGCUGGGCGGGCGGAUCAGGCCUCAGCCGCCCCCUUUGACCGACCAGGAGGAGGAAAAUGUCAACUCGCUUCCAUCAAGCUGCUGCUGAUGGCAACCUUGAAUUGCUACGAGAAAGUACACGGAAGGAUCUGAACACUGCAGGUGCUGAUGGGAUGACACCCACUCUGCUGGUGGCAUACCACGGCAACAUCGAAGCUCUGGAAAUCAUCUGCAGCCGGGGAGGUGAUCCAAACAAAUGCGACAUCUGGGGAAACACACCGCUCCACCAUGCUGCCUCAAAUGGCCACACCCGUUGUGUUUCCUUCCUCAUCAAUUUUGGCGCCAAUAUUUUCGCCCUCGACAAUGACAUGCGCUCGCCCCUUGACGCAGCUGCCAGUCGGAGCCAGUAUGAAUGCGUCCAGAUUCUUGACAAGGCAGCCACUGAGCAGAACAUCAAGAAUCCCAAACGGGUUGCCCGUCUGAAAGCUCAGGCCCAACGUGACGUGCAGCGACAAAUCUGCCUGUGUGAAAAACGCCAGGACAAGCACCAGCUCGAGAUGACAAAGCACUUCAACAAAGGUUCUGUCCACUCCAGCCGCGGCGCUGCCACCAAGAUGAAAGUGUCCCAGUUCUUUGCAGGGGGCUCGCUCAGCACUGUCCCCAAGCAGUUGAAGGACACCUUCAAACUGAAGACAAGGAAGAAAGAGGAGAAUGCUGGCACCAGCAAAUCCAGGAGCCAUGGAGCAGAGAAGGAGGGCUUCGUCGGAGAAACAGCCAUGAUGGAUUUGUCCCAUGAGAAGGAGGUGGAAGACCUUGUGGGUGGCUUUCAGAGGAAAACCAGCUUUUCUGAAGAGGCAGAGGACUUAGGGCAGAGGUCCAUUUUCAGUCGCCCAGGCCUUGGCAACCUUGUCUUCAGAAGCAAAAAGGCAGAGACCAUGCUUCCUGAGAAGGAGGACAGGGGCUUCCAAAUCCCCGAGUUCUUUCAGUUCAAGGAGCCACUCGGUGGUUCGGACAGUGAGAAUGACCCAGAAGUCCCCUGGGUGGAAGAAGCAGUUGGGUGGGAUGAGGACAAAGAACAGGCUUCCCCACUUGAAGUGUUCCUGGCCUCCCAGAACCUCCAGGAAUUCCUCCCCAUCCUGAUGAGAGAAAACAUUGAUUUGGAAACCCUGAUCCUUUGUUCGGAUGAAGACCUCCAGAGCAUUCAGAUACCGCUGGGGCCCCGCAAGAAAAUUCUUCAUGCAAUCAGCAAAAGGAAGCUAGCCUUGGAAAGGCCGGGCCAGGCCAGGGAUACCCAAUUAUAAACCAAGAACAGUGCUUCUGGUCAACGGUUUUGCACCAGACUACUUCAGAAAGAGUUACGUUUUCUGUAAAGGUUGAGGAGGAUGAGGUGGGAACCAGAGAUGACCACUGUGCAAACACCACAACCUCCCAGCUUCAACACUGCCAAGUAGCCAUUGAUUCAGAAGAGCAGAAUGAAGAAUCCUCGAGUUUGAACCCUGAGAAUAUCCAGCUUUUUAUACCUUGCCACUCGUUCUCGCCAAACAACAACGAUCCGAGAGGCUUCAUUCUUGUGUGCAAUGAAGUUUCAAACCUGGGAAGCCGGGAUUGAUUGAUCAGGAAAUCUGUGAUUUAUUACAAGAUUUGUGUCAGUUUUCCAAGGUAGACGAGGUCAGGAAAU